AUGUUUUCGUUGAUUGUUUUAAGUCUUCUAUUCGUUAUCUCGACUGAUGGUGCUCAUGAUUUAAAGAUUUAUUUUGAUUUGAUUGAUCUUAAUCGUGAUGGAAAAGCGACAAGUUAUGAACUUGGUCUUUUUUUCGAGCGUUUUUACGAAGAAAAGUUCGAAACUCUCGCUUCGCCUACUUCGCCUAUGUCUCCAACAACAAUAGCAAUGCUUGACAAUUUAAUUAAAAGACACAAUAGAAAUUCGACACGUAACUAUCUUAUUAUGGAUGAUUUGCAACGCACAUUCUACGAAUUAUAUGGUUUGCAAAAUCAAGUACUUGACGUUGUGUAUCACGGACUUGAUCCAGAGCAAGUUCAUUUAUCGUAUACACACAAUGUUCACAAUCAAAUGUUUAUUUCAUUCGUUACACGAGAGCGACCAACCUCAAAUCUUCGACCCAUGAUCAAGUAUGGUGAUCAGGGAUACAUCGCUAUUGGUGACACAACAACGUAUAAUGUCAACGGUUGGCAUCAUUGGAUUCAUUACAUCUUAAUCGAUAACCUUCAACCGGGAACAAAGUAUAGCUAUCAACUUGGUUUCAUAAAAUCGGACAAUAAGACGAUUCCAUACAUAUUUUCGAAUGGUAUGUGGACAUUUAAAACAAUGCCACUUUGGGAAGAACGACAAAGAGAGAUUGUCUAUAUUUAUGGAGAUAUGGGCACGUUCAUGCCAAUGGGAAUUGAAGUGAUGAAAGCGAUAGUCGGUGAUUUCAUCAACAAUACAAAUGAACAAUCCGACUAUGUUGUACACGUUGGAGAUAUUGCUUAUGGUGGAACAGGAGCUGAAAUCGAAAUUCAACCCAUUUGGGAUUUGUUCAUGAAUCAAAUUGCUCCCAUCGCUAGUCAAAUACCGUAUAUGACCGCGACUGGCAACCACGAGAAAUACUUCAACUAUACGAGUUAUCAAGCGCGAUUUUUUAUGCCUUCGAAAACAGAUCCGAAUCCUCUAGAAGAUGGUGGAAAUUUCUAUUUUACAUUGGAAACAAAUUUGGUUCAAUGGAUAUUCAUAUCAACCGAACAUGACUACACAGCGGGUUCUUCACAACGAUUGUUUCUUGAGAAUGUACUAGAACAAUAUCGACAAAAAUGGCAAUUCAAACAGCGACCGUGGUUAAUUGUUGUUGGCCAUCGACCCAUGUAUACAUCAGACCAAGGAGCAAAUGCUGGUCAAUUGCAAGAAGAACUCGAGCCUUUAGUGGUUGAAUAUGGGGUCGAUCUUGCUGUUUGGGGUCAUAUGCAUUGUUACGAGCGAACAACACCAGUGAAAUUCAACAAUGUUACAGAUCGAGAACACUUUUCACCUGAUGGGAAAGUAUAUAAGCAUAAUGCAACAGCAGCCAAUCAAACAAGUCCUAUUCAUUUGACCAUCGGUAUGGCCGGUGCUCUCAUUAAUGAAACAUGGUUCCCGAAACCUGAAUGGUCACAAGUGCGAUAUGCAACGUUUGGUUUUGGCAAGCUUUACAUUCACAAUGAAAGUCAUCUCGAAUUUAAAACAAUUUUACUCGAUCCAAGUCUUGCUAAUGAAGAGGAUCGCUUUAUGAUUGUUCGUGAAUUUUAA